UAAAUUGAAACCACGUCUAUGGUUGUAAGUUGGAACCUUCCUCUGAUAAUUUUCUAAACUGGAACAAACUUAGCGCGUUAGGGUUGCUGUCCGGACCGUAUUUAUUGUUACACGCCGUCAGAAACUGUCAUGGCAUCCGGAUACAUUGUAAGUCGUGGUGUGCUAACGUUUGGAAUUCACUAUCAUCAUGUUUGUAGAAAUGUACUCCUUACACAGACCCGAGAGAAGAAGCGAUGGAUGAAAGCAUACACUCUUUUGAUGGAAAGAAAGUUGAAGAUAGAAGGGCUUCCACCACCCAAGCCACGCUCUCAAAAACCUAACUGGGACUACCAUGCAGAAGUCCAGGCAUUCAGCAGCCGCCUUAAAGAAAACUUCUCCCCAGAGCUCCUGAAGACAGCCUUUGUGAACCCCUGUUACAUUCAGUCAGAGAAAGAGAGGAGGCAGGCACUCGGCGUGGACUCUGAAACGGCUGCUCUGGUCCUGGGAGACAACAUUCAGCUGAACACACAGGGCUUGGAGUUCACCAAAAGCUUCCUGUCUGACUGGUGCAGGGCCAGCUUCCCUAGCCUGCCCAGCAAAGGAGUGGUUGCCAUUGUCAGCCACCUGACCAGUCAUCCAGUAGUUUGCCAUGUGGCGCGGAACCUCGCCAUCGAGGACCUAACUAUGAGCGCUCAAUUCCCUGUCCCUGAUGAAGUAUUGCACAGUACGUUCCUCGCUGUGAUCGGAGCACUCCAGGAGAGCAGUGGAGCUGAGAGAGCAGGCCUUUUCCUUCGGGAUUUCCUGGUCACCCAGUUGGUAGGUAAAGACCUAUUUGAAAUGUGGUCGGUGGUGAACCCCAUGGGGCUGCUGGUGGAGGAGCUGUCCAAGAGGAACGUGGCCCUCCCAGAGCCUCGUCUCACCAGGUCGGCCGGUGCCGGCACCGUGCUCCCACUCUACUUUGUAGGGCUGUACAGUGAUAAGAAGCUUUUUGCAGAGGCUCCAGGGGAGACAGUUCUGGCUGCAGAGGAGGAGGCGGCACGCGUGGCCUUGAGGAAAAUCUAUGGCUGCACUGAGAACCGGAGACCCUCUAACUUCUCUGCAGCAGAGGAGCAGCUCGGACUCCUACCCUCAAUCCUUCAGCAGCAGCUAAAGGACAUGUCACCCCAAGCACUGUAAUGUCUUCCAUCAGUUGAUGACAGCUCAUGACAUGCCAGAGGGUCAAAGUCAAGCGGUUCCCUUAGCCUAUCAGGACCAACAUCUCACAGACUCAUAAACCCAGACCUAGGGAUACCCUCCAAACUAUGUGGUCUGCUCAGCCCUUUAAAUUAGAGGACUGUCCUUUGGCAAAAUAAUAUUUUUUUGUGUAAUAUAUUAUUGAUGUAAAAACAAAAUGUAUGUGUAUCCCUGAGCAUGUCUCUUCAAAGAAUGUUUAUUAUACCAUCUUUGGUUUAA